UGUCGUCUUAUUUUUGUUAUUUUGUUUUACCCUUUCAUUCGCUGUAAUCAAAUAUUCUGAAUUUUGUGGUUGAAUUGCAAUGAAUGCAACAACUGAGGUGAGGUUUUCUAUCGAUUUAACGACGCAUUUUCGUUUUUACUGCAGAUUUGAAUAGAAAUAACAAGCAACCGACUAUGUAAUUGCUACGGUAACGUAAUUUUUCUUGUCACUUGUAAACAAAUGCUAUUGAUGGCAUUGUGGAAUAAACAGUUUGAAGCCGCAUUUCGAUUUGAAUAGACUUAUUUUAAAACCACUUCAUUUGUGAGGAGAAAAUCAAUCAACGGGAAAAUUAAAUCGAAAAUUUGAAGAAAAAAAUGGAAACAAACAAAGAAGAUGUUAACUGGCCGAGCACACGUGUUGCCAAAGGCGGUAUUUUCAAUUUGCCCAAGGUUCAAUACAGCAAAGAAACGCAUGACUUUUUAUAUUUGCUGAUGGAAGAGCAGAAGCUAAGUAUAAUGCAGCGAAACAAAAUAAACUAUAUUCUUCGGUCAGGUCAAUCGUUACCGGUAUCUAAACCGAUAGCAAAGACUGCAAAUAACACUUUUCCUGGUUUCGAUAAAAUGCGUGUGAAAAAUGCAAGACGCCGUACAUUGGAUGCGAUUAAAGCAAGCGGUGGCUACGAUCGAACCAAGUUCAUACCGACACAUUACGAGCCAUCUGAGCUAAAGAAAGUCCGUUUACAAGAGAAAAUGAGUGGAUUAAAGCAUGAAUUUUCCAUCGAAAAUGAACCAAAUCUACGCGGUGUGAUGAGUCCAUCGAAAGAUGACGACGGUGAAAUCGAUCCGGUGGAUGAAUUAUUGCAUGAGAUACAAGAGCGAAUGGAUUGGUUGGAAGAAAUGGAAAAACUGGGUGAAGGUCACAUCUACAAACCGCUCAUUAAAAAUGAGAUUGAAGAGCGAUUGCGCCUCAUCAAGCGACUACAGCCCGAUGCGAAUCGGAAAACGACAGAAUCAAACGGGGAACAGUAA